AUUGUACAUGAAUUCAAUGAAUCUUGAAGACAUUUUAAUUCAACUUGUAUUAAAAUCUGAGAGGGAAGAUAUUCCUGUCUCCGUCACACAUUUCACACUAAGUGUUGUUCCCGAACCCGAAGUCGAAGAAAACAAGUUUCAACUUUCAAUAGUUUGGAUCCAGAUUUCGAGAAAGCGCGUCGUGUGCCGUCCGACCUUGAUAAGUUUCGUUAAAUUUAAAAUUGUGCAUUGUUAAAACGAGAAUCGAUAAUAAUUUGUUGGUGUUUAUUGAUUAAAAUGUAUAAUUAAAUGUAACUUUCUGGAAGUUUUCAAUAAUAUAUAGUUCAUCAUCCUAACAAUGCGGGAGAGUCUUCGCCGCCUCGCAUCAGACGACAUCCCUCCCAGAGGCAGGGUCCGCGUGGAACUGCUCACGGGAGAACACAUUACUAUUGAUCUGGAUAGGAAGGCCCUCGGCGGAGAUUUACUGGACCUGGUCUGCGAGUCCUUAGACGUGAUCGAGAAGGACUACUUCGGGCUGCUUCACGCACAAGGGGAGCCCAGGGUGUGGGUACACCUCGGCAGACGACUCAGCAAAACUUUCAAAAACGAGCCCUGGGAUGUACGGUUUGCUGUGAAGUUCUAUCCGCUGGAGCCGUCAGCUCUCAGAGACGACAUGACCCGCUACCAGCUGUCACUGGCGCUCAGGCGAGACCUCAUGGAAGGACGUCUGACGUGCUCGACGAUCACAUACGCACUGCUCGCGUCCUACGUCCUCCAGGCAGAGGCGGGGGACAGGUCCGCGGCUGCCCCGCUGGGGGCGGGGGCCACGGCGGCGCUGGUGACGUCGCACAGAGCCGUGCCGCUUCACGUCCUCAACGAGGAUAUGGAGAUGAGAGUCGAUGAGUUGUAUAGGAAACACAAAGGACAGACGCCAGCGGAGGCCGAGCUGAACUAUCUGGAGAACGCCAAGAAGCUCGCGUUGUACGGAGCCGAGAUGCAUUCGGUGAAGGACUCUGAUGAUGUAGAGCUCUCACUCGCCGUCUGCGGGAGAGGAAUCGCCGUGGUUAGGGACGGGACGAUCAUGAAUCGCUUCCCGUGGACGAAGAUAUUGAAGCUCAGUUACAACAAGCGCCUGUUCGUGAUCCGCCUCCGAGCCGCGGACUCCGACGAGUGCGAGACGGAUGUCAGCUUCCGACUCAACUCCUCGCGGGCCAGCGAGCGCCUGUGGACCAGCACCGUGGAACAUCACGUGUUCUUCAGGCGCGAGAGUCCGGUGAAGGUGGAGCGAGUGUCAGGGUUCCCGAUGCUCGGGGCCCGGCGACUGUCUUGUCGGCGGACGUUACGACAGAUGCGCGACACGACUGUCGCAAGACAAGUUAUUUGACGAAAAAUUAACAAAAUUUCAGUGUAGAAAAACGAGUUGAAACCGAAUGUUUUAUUUUAAAAAUUAUUAUUAAAAAUUUAAAGAUUAUAGUAUUGUUGUAGCUGACUGAGUUAGCCGAUGAAUGUUUUGUAAUUAAUGAUUCGGUGUAGCCCUGCAGCGGAGUGCCAUCAUAGAUAAUAAUUAAGGUUUAAAUAAUUGAGACUUGCAGCGAUGAUAAUUUUUAUUAUAAUAUUGAGUACGUUUUGUGUUUAAUCGUCUUUGUUAUUCAGCUCGAGACGAUGGAACGAUGAACGACCAGAAUACUGUCAGUAAUAAUACAUUUUAUACCUCACAGAUAAUAAAUAUAUUUAUAUGUA